AUGGCAAGAGACUUGUUAGAUUUGUUCUCCAUGAAAAAAUGGAGGUGCUCUUGGUCUCUUGCGGCAACAAUUGCUUCUGUUGUGGCAUUGGCUUCUGUAGUACAUCUGUUCUUUUUCCCUUUGACACCUUCUUUCAGUUACUUUAAGCUAGCUCCGGACUCCUGCAUUCCCCCAACCAAUGCAUCAGCAGAAUUGCCAAGCAACCCUGACCGGGAAGAACCUGCGAUUGAUUUAAAGCAUCAGUUCCCAGUUGACUUGCACGGAGCAGUUGUUUAUCGGGGUGCACCAUGGAAGGCUGAGAUUGGCCGGUGGCUUGCAGGUUGCGAUUUUGUUACGAAAGAAGUCAACAUUUCUGAGAUAAUAGGUGGCAAUAACUGCAAGAAUGACUGUAGUGGCCUGGGGGUUUGUAAUCGAGAAUUGGGACAAUGUCGAUGCUUUCAUGGUUAUGCUGGAGAUGCAUGCACUGAGAGAUUAGAAUUGGAAUGCAACCACCCAGGAUCACCAGAUCAGCCAUUUGGGCGAUGGGUUGUCUCAAUUUGCCCAGCUAACUGUGACAAAACAAGAGCAAUGUGCUUCUGUGGAGAAGGUACAAAAUAUCCAAAUCGACCACUGGCAGAGACAUGUGGGUUUCAAUUUAAUCCACCUUCUGAACCUGGUGGUCCCAAACAAGUGAAUUGGACAAAAGUUGACCAAGACGUAUUCACAACUAAUGGUAGCAUACCAGGUUGGUGUAAUGUAGACCCAGAUAAAGCAUAUGCUGGCAAGGUGAAAUUCAAAGAGGAAUGUGACUGCAAAUAUGAUGGUCUUUGGGGCCGAUUUUGCGAAGUCACUGUUGAAUCUGUUUGCAUUAAUCAGUGCUCUGGACAUGGCUACUGUCGUGGUGGAUUUUGUCAAUGUGACAAUGGCUGGUAUGGAGUAGAUUGCAGCACUCCAUCUGUGAUAUCUUCUAUAAGAGGGUGGCCUAGUUGGCUUCGUCCUGCUCGGGUUGAUGUUCCUGACAAUAGUCAUGUCAGUGGAAAACUUAUCAAUGUUACUGCUGUGGUGGCAAAAAAGAGGCCUCUUAUAUAUGUUUAUGAUUUGCCCCCAGAAUUCAACAGCCUGCUAUUUGAGGGACGGCAUUUUAAGUUAGAGUGUGUAAAUAGAGUUUAUGAUAGCAAUAAUGCAACAAUAUGGACAGACCAACUGUAUGGUGCUCAGAUAGCACUUUAUGAGAGUAUGUUGGCUAGUCCUCAUCGAACUCUAAAUGGUGAAGAAGCAGACUUUUUCUUUGUUCCUGUUCUUGAUUCAUGUAUCAUAACUCGUGCUGAUGAUGCUCCUCACUUGAGUAUGCAGGAGCAUAUGGGGUUGAGGAGCUCUCUCACUUUGGAAUAUUAUAAGAAUGCAUAUAAUCACAUUGUUGAGCAAUAUCCUUAUUGGAAUCGCUCAUCAGGAAGAGACCACAUCUGGUCUUUUUCAUGGGAUGAAGGUGCUUGCUAUGCCCCUAAAGAGAUAUGGAAUAGCAUGAUGUUAGUUCACUGGGGAAACACAAAUACAAAGCAUAACCAUUCAACCACAGCCUACUGGGCUGACAAUUGGGAUAAAAUUGCUUCCGAUAGAAGAGGCAUUCAUCCAUGUUUUGACCCUGACAAAGAUCUCGUGCUUCCUGCUUGGAAACUUCCUGAUGCUAAUGUGUUGACUUCAAAAUUUUGGGCCUGGCCCCAUGAGAAGCGUAAAACACUGUUCUACUUCAACGGGAAUUUAGGACCAGCUUACCCUCAUGGAAGACCAGAAGAUUCGUAUAGUAUGGGUAUCAGACAGAAACUGGCAGAAGAGUUUGGAUCAAGUCCUGACAAGGAUGGAAAGCUUGGGAAACAGCAUGUCAAAGAUGUCAUUGUGACCCCACUGCGUUCUGAAAACUAUCAUGCGGAUAUAGCAAGCUCUGUUUUCUGCGGAGUUUUUCCAGGAGAUGGUUGGAGUGGACGCAUGGAAGACAGUAUUUUGCAAGGAUGCAUUCCUGUAGUCAUUCAGGAUGGGAUUUUCCUUCCGUACGAGAAUGUGUUCAACUAUGACAGCUUUGCUGUUCGAAUACCGGAAGAGGAAAUUCCGAACAUGAUAAAGAUUCUUCGGGGAUUCAAUGAUGCAGAAAUCAAAUUCAAGUUGGCAAAUGUUCAGAAAAUCUGGCAAAGAUUCUUGUAUCGUGAUUCUAUUAUGCUCGAAGCUGAAAGGCAAAAAACUGCUUUGGGACAUGUUGAUGAUUGGGCAGUUGAAAUCUUAAAACUGACAGAGGAUGACGUCUUCACCACUUUGAUACAGGUUCUGCAUUACAAGUUACAUAAUGAACCUUGGAGGAAACAAGUUGGAGUUAACAAGAAGUUUGGAUUACCUAAGCAGUGUCUGGUUGGCAACAACUAAGGAGUUUGAUUGAUGUGAAAGUUAUUUGGAAGACUACGUUGCCAAGAUCCUUUUUGAGAAGUAGAGGGGAACGGAUAACCUUUCUUCUAUAUAUUUUAAGGAGCCAAGAUUAAAAACAAUUUGGCUUCGUGUGUAUAGCAGGGUGAAGGUCAAGUUCUAAAAGAUGUUACAAUCUUCAUUGCAUUAAAUUAUUCAACCAGAAUGGACAUACAUGAUUCUUUUUCCCUUCUCACA